AGUUAUGACAGGACAACUUGACUGAAAAUGGCAAGGCUUGAGGGAUUAUGAUGGACUUCAACAGGAAACGACGUCGUCUGUAAUUUUGCUUCUGCUAAGCUACUCACUAACUCUGCAUUCUCUCAACGCUCCAAUCCAAGCAAAGGCGAAGAAUGAACAAUCUCAUGGGCUUCGAGGCAUCAUCAAUCUCCGCCUCCACCCCCAAUCGCUUUCUCUUCAACACCACCUUCUUCGUCUAUUUCAAUGGCGAUUUACCCCUAACUUCUUGUAAAAUCCCCUUCAUAUCCUCUUCUUCAUCUCAAUUCCUACUCUCCAAACCACGGACAACAACAACCAGACUUCGAGCGAACAGUGUGCCUGCUUCACAAGUAGUGGAACAAGUUGAGGUUGAAGUUGCUGAUGGAGUUACAAUUACCCAAUUCUGUGAUAAGAUUAUUGAUUUGUUCUUGAUUGAGAAACCCAAAUCCAAGGAUUGGAGGAAGUACUUGGUGUUCAGGGAGGAGUGGAAGAAAUACAGGGAUAGCUUCUACAAUCGGUGCAAGUCUCGUGCCCAUGCCGAAAAUGAUUCCCAAAUGAAGCAAAAAUUAACUGCAUUGGCAAGAAAAGUAAAGAAGAUUGAUGAUGAAAUGGAAAGACAUUCUGAACUACUAAAGGAGGUACAGGACAACCCUACGGACGUUAAUGCAAUUGUUGCAAGACGGCGCAAAGACUUCACAGAGGAAUUUUUCCGUUAUCUUACUAUACUUUCAGAGACGAAUGACAGCUUGGAGGAUCGUGAUGCGGUGGCCAGACUUGGGGCUAAAUGCUUGUCUGCAGUCUCUGCCUUUGAUAAUACACUGGAAAUUGUGGGGACAUUAGAUACUGCCCAGGCCAAAUUUGAUGACAUCCUAAACUCUCCGUCAGUGGAUGUGGCAUGUGAAAAGAUUAAAAGUCUUGCCAAGGCAAAACAACUUGAUUCUUCUUUAAUUUUGUUGAUAAAUAGUGCUUGGGCUGCAGCGAAGGAAUCCACUACCAUGAAGAAUGAGGUUAAAGGCAUAAUGCAUAGUUUAUACAAAGCUACAAAGAGUAGUCUAAGGAGCAUUGCGCCAAAAGAAAUAAAGCUACUGAAGUAUUUGCUGAACAUCACUGAUCCUGAAGAGCGAUUCUCGGCAUUGGCUACCGCUUUUUGUCCUGGAGAUGAACAUGAAGCCAAGGACAAAGACGCUAUAUACACAACUCCCAAGGAGCUGCACAAGUGGAUUAAGAUCAUGCUUGAUGCAUACCAUCUUAAUAAAGAAGAGACUGACAUUAGGGAAGCCAAGCAGAUGUCCCAACCUGUUGUCAUCCAAAGGCUUUUUAUACUCAAGGAAACAAUUGAGGAGGAGUACUUAGAACAACCAGGCACCAAAACAGAAAAUGACACAAAACCAGAAAAAUUGUAAGGUACUGAUGUUCUUCAUCUGUACACGUCUGUGAUUAGCUGUCACCAUCUGCUAGAGUUAGACUUGUAAUUUUGUAAUGAAGCCUUCUACUGUGAAGGUGAGAAGAAAAUUUUGGUGUCUGUAUUGGGUUGCUUUGGUAUGAUGUAUCCUUGUUAUUUCCCAUGGGAGUUUCACUUGUACAGUUUUUGCUUAAUGGAAUGCCAUGACCAAAUUAAACAGUGAAGAUGAUGAUUUCAUAUAUAUAUGUGGACUCCUUGGGACUUUCAAGAGGGGUUAGUAAAGCAAGAAGACUUGUGCAUGUAGUUGUGCUGUGCCGAAAUGAUGUUGAUUCCUUUAUUUGAAACAUUUGUUCAA